AUGGCAGACCCAGCAGUGUCAGAACUCAACGAGCUCUUCGGAGCCGGGGAUAAGGGCUUGGGGCAGGACGUCGUCGUGGAGAUGCAGUCCAUCAUGAGGCUGCACAACCUGGCGCCUCAGGACCUCUUUUUCAAGUGGGAAUCAUACUGCAUCAAACUGGACAUAGAGGCGACACAUCCGUCAUAUGAUAGGAUGAGAAGCUUCAAGCAAGACCUACAAGAUGCUUUAGAGAAGAGCACUCGGACUCAAUCCCAUGCCAAACCAGAGAAGCAUCGGGUCGGCGCUACCCCGAGAGCAGGUGCCAAGGGCGGUGAUGUAUUUGGCAUGAUCGAUGGUCUGUUACCAAAUACUCCUGCGGCACGGAAGAGCGCUAUCAAGAAAAAGGAGACACCCACGUCUCGCAUCAAGUCAGAACAUGCCGCGAGCUCGCCAGAUCAAAGGUCUACGGCGAACCUGAAGGAGCAAUUGGACUCCAUGGGGGCGAUGCCCCCGUCGUCGUUCAAUGACCGUUCAAAUCCAGGCGAGGUUCUUGAGGUCUUGAAUAGCCAACUUCCAGCCGGAGAGCCCCCAAUAGCACCAUUUGGAGAGUCCCGGGUCAAAUUGACCGCUGCAUCAGACCAGAAGAAGCUGGGCUACAAGCCGUUGGGCAUGAAACUAUCGGAAGCGUCCGAGAUUCUGGAUGAUCGGAUAGAUGACUUCUUGAAUAUCGUCAUGGAUCACCACAAGCUGGACCCGUCUGCAUUUGGUAGUGCGGCGUCUCAAAGUACCACAGAGAUUGUGGCAGUCGGUCGUAUUGCUUCAGACUCUUCAGAAGGAAAGCUCAAUGCCGCCUCCCUAGUCCUUGAAACGUCAAGAAGGACGGGUGGUGGCCUGCGCGUACCCCUAAACAUGGAGAAAGUCCAGAAAUAUCAGUUCUUCCCAGGCCAGAUCGUCGCCUUACGAGGAAGCAACGCAUCAGGGCACAACUUCACUGUCAAGGAGAUACUCGAGGUGCCUCUCCUGUCCAACGCGGCGUCUGCGCCGGCAGCCUUGCAAGCCCACCGGGAGAAGCUCCUGGGUGGCCCGGACGCUAUGGAGACGGACAGCGAACCUCUUCCCCUGAAUGUCCUUUACGCAUCCGGCCCCUACACUGCAGACGACAAUCUAGAUUUUGAGCCGCUCCAUCAAUUAUGCACUGUCGCGGCCGACACAUACGUUGACGCCUUGGUGCUGACGGGUCCUUUCAUCGACAUCGACCACCCACUCAUCGCAACCGGUGAUUUCGAUCUGCCCGAAGAAGCGAACGUCGACCCCGACCUGGCGACCAUGGCCAGUGUGUUCAAAUACAUGAUAUCCCCCGUCCUCAACCGCCUUGCCGCCGCCAACCCUUCCGUAACAAUUCUCCUCAUCCCCUCCACGCGAGACGUUAUCGACAAGCACGUCUCGUGGCCACAGGAUUCCUUCCCAAAAAAGGAUCUCGGCCUCAGCAAGACAGCCGUCAAGAUCGUGGGCAACCCCAUGACACUGUCCAUCAACGAAAUGGUCCUCGGUGUGUCUUCGCAGGACGUGCUGUGGGACCUCAGGAGUGAGGAAUGCACGAGCAGGCCGCCCGUGCCGGAUCUUCUAGCGCGACUUUCCAGAUACCUAAUCGAACAGCGACACUAUUUCCCCGUCUUCCCGCCUUCAGAUCGGAGUAAAUACCCAAAGACGGGUGCCGAGGACGGAAGGCCGGUGGGCUCGAUGCUGGAUGUUAGCUACCUUAAGCUCGGUGAGAUGGUCGGUGUCCGGCCGGAUGUGCUGGUUGUGCCCAGCGCGCUGCCGCCUUUUGCAAAGGUUGUUGAAAGUGUCCUUGUGAUCAACCCCGGGUUCCUUUCCAAGCGCCGCGGCGCCGGCACGUAUGCCCGGAUGACGCUAUAUCCACCCUCGCUGUCGGAUAUCGAGGGAGCGGAUGGGAGCAUGCUGGGGCAUAAGAUCUUUGACAGGGCAAGGGUGGAGGUCACCAGGAUAUGA